AUGUUGCAACUCAAACGAAGGCGCCAGAGCCUUUUUGCCAACUGCAAACUCGGCGAGAGCACGAGUGAGGCUCGCAGGUCCUCGACUGACCGCCUCCUGCCGCUGGCCAAGAAGUGCUCGGUGAAGCAGUGGAGCUCCCUGCAGGAUCUGGGCUCUGCCAUCUAUGAGAUCAAGUACGAUGACGAAUCUGAGUCAGACGAGGAGCUUCCAACCUUGCCGCAAUUCAAGCCCUCCUCGCCCAUCAAGAAUUACAUCCUCAACAUCAACGUGGGGGGCACCAACUUCCAGAUCACCUACCGGGCAGCAGCCCGCUUCCCCAAGACCAGGAUUGGCCGGCUGGCCACCUACACCGACCCCUCCAGGAAGCUAGAUCUGUGCGAUGACUACAGCGUGCUGAACAAUGAGUAUUUCUUCGAUCGCGACCCCGAGGUCUUCCGGCACAUUUUCAGCUUCUAUAGGACGGGUGUGCUGUGGAUCAAGGACGAGCUUUGCCCCAGGAAUUUCCUGGAGGAGAUUCACUACUGGGGCGUGAGGAUCAAGAACAGCAACCGGUGCUGUAGGAUCUCUUUCGAGGAAAGGCAGGACGAGCUGAACGAACAGCUGAAGUUGCAGCGGGAGCUAAAGGCAGAGAUCGAGGUGGAGGAGGAUGAGGAGCACUUCAGGGACAUGAUCUAUGGCUACCAAAGGAGGAUCAUCUGGAACCUGAUGGAGAAACCCUUCUCCUCGGUCACGGCCAAGAUGAUGGCAGUGGCUUCCAGCAGCUUCGUGCUAGUCUCCAUUGUGGGCAUGGCUAUGAACACAGUGGAGGAGAUGCAAUACACAAGUGCAGCUGGUCAACUCAGCGGCCAUACCUACAUGGAGCAUCUGGAGACCCUGUGCAUCAUUUUCUUCACCCUCGAGUACCUUCUGAGAAUCUUGUGCACGCCUGACAUCCGGCAGUUCACCAGAAGCGUCCUGAACACCGUUGACCUCAUCGCUAUCUUCCCCUUCUACCUGCAGUUGAUCCUGGAGUGCUUCCUGGACGAGAACCACAAGGGCCUUGACCAGGACAUCGAGACAGUGGUCAAAGUAGGCAAAAUGGGCCAAGUGCUCAGGAUCAUGAGGUUGAUGAGGAUCUUUCGGAUCUUAAAGCUUGCCCGACACUCCACAGGGCUCAGGGCGUUCGGCUUUACAUUGAAGCAAUGCUACCAGCAGGUUGGCUGCCUCUUCCUCUUCAUCGCCAUGGGAAUAUUCUCCUUCUCUGCUCUGGUCUUCUCCGUAGAGCACGACGUUCCCGGGACCAAUUUUACAAGCAUACCCCAUUCCUGGUGGUGGGCUGCUGUCAGCAUCUCCACAGUAGGCUACGGAGAUGUGUAUCCAGAAACUUUCCUGGGAAGGUUUUUCGCAUUUGGCUGCAUUGCUUUUGGGAUCAUCUUAAACGGCAUGCCAAUCUCCAUCCUGUACAAUAAAUUCUCAGACUACUACACAAAGCUCAAAAGCAACGAAUACACAACAAAACAGCAGCAGAGAGGCCAGAUUAACUUUUCAGAUAGAGCAAUGAGGAAGAUAGCUGAAUGCUGUGGAGGGGUCCCUCAUCACCUCCUGCCAAGAGAGUAGUAAAUUCCCCUGGGAAAGACGGUGAAAGUGGUGUGUGCUUUUCACUGUCAAGAGAUACGACAGGGAUCUUGAUAAAACCUUCCAUCAGCACAAUUCAAGGAAAAGAUCAAGACGAUAUCCUCAAUAUUGUGUCUUGAAAGGGAAGGAAAUAAAGAGAAGAGAAUAAAGAGAAGUCUUCUGAAUAGUUUCCGAGCUUAUAGGUCUUAGAUUUUUUUGGAUAUUAGCCUGAGGGACAGCCCAGAUACAAUACAUAAAUACAAUACAAAUUUACAUUUAUACAGCGCCUUCCACGUCGGGAGGAUGUCUCAAGGGGCUUGGCAGUCCUAUCUUGACACCUGAACUGGGGACAUGAAGCAGGUUGGUGCCCACCGAGCGAAGGGAUUGGCUGGGUUGGUAAGAUUUGAGGAGGUAUUAGAGAUAAGAUGGGCAAGACCAUGGAGGGAUUUUGGAAGGAUUUGAAAGUGAGGACGAGGAUCUUGACUUCAAUGUAUUGGAUAGAGCUGCAGCUUACGCAAUAAGCUGCUUGUUUGAGUCCCAGUCCGAGAUCGAAAGGUGAGGUCUUUAAUUAUUCAAUGCCCCUGAUGGUUGUGACAGUACUGUUUUUUUGCACACUUACCAUGGAUAAGUUUAAACAUGCUGUAGUCCAAAAUGUAUCUAUUUUCUCAAAGUGUACUAAGCUGUACUGAGAUUUCUGCUUGAAUGAAUUAUGGCAGUCUCCAUUAAUGAAUUCCUACCACCUUGAGGUUUUUUUUUGCCUGAUUUUGAUUCUGCAGCAUCUAGAAAUUCUGACAGUCACAUACCUUUGCCAGUUCGACUUUCUCAAAAGUUAAAAAUGUUUUUUAAAAAAAAGCUAGCUUAGUUGGUAGCACUGGGUCAGCAGGGUGUGGGUUCAAUCUCCACAAGAAGCUUUGAGCACCUCUGCUGAUGCUCCAGUGUUGUGCUCCAUUCUUGGAGGUGUUCUGUACAGUCCCUUGAAUGUCUUUCUCCUGUUGAAGUCCUGUAGUUUAGCCUAUUGAUUAGCGCACUCGCCUCGCAAGUGAAA